AUAAAUUUCGAGUGCCUCAACUUUCGUUCUUUUAGAUUCAAUGUAAUGUUUUGGAUAGGAAACAGGGUAUUUCCCAGCCCCAUAGGCAAAAGAUCAGUGCAUCAAAGAAUUGCUGAUCUCUAUGAAAUCUGUUCAAUGAUUUACACCUACAUACGAAUACAAGACACAUGGCUCGGAUGAGAGCCAGAAUGAAACCAGUUCUAACACACUGCGAGUGAACUUCAUUCAACGUCAGGCACACUGAGAACACGGAGAUAGAGUCAGAAACGUUUAUGACAAAGAUGUUACUCGGACAGAGUUGUCAGCUGAUCCUGUUAAGAAGAUGGGUAACGUAGGGUGCCAAUCUAUAGUAGUUAUGGCAGCACUGUGUGGGAGAGUUCUCAACCCAUUCGCAUUACCCCGAACCUGAACCAAGUUAAUGAAACAAAAAAUUGUGUUAACACAAAGCAUCACCUAGAUCUUCAAAACACGACAAUCAGGAAACGCUAUACACAACGAAGCCACUCAGACACACGCAUGGAGAAGAGAGAACGACCUGGUAUAUGGGUGCUCUUACAGAACCGGAUGUGACCAACAGUCUCCUCCCCAUUGGCAUCUAAAGCCAUAUCAUGUCCGCAAUUUUUUGAGCUCUCGGAAGAGAGCCGCACAAAUUAAUCAGGUGCAUGGCGAAAUAGUUUUAUUUGACAAGACUGCAUUGUAACCGAUAUCUAAUAAGAAAAAGUACCUGCGACAGUUCCUUGACCAAAGGAUUUGACCUGGGUUUUGCUAGCUCCAUUCAAACACCUGACACCCCAAAAACAGUUUUGAGAGGACAAAAUCAUAAGACCAGCUGCAGUUCAACUAAUAACGGGGACAAAUUUCAAUUCUCUUAUUAAAAUGCUGAAGGAUUUGACCUUGAUAUCUUCUCACUUGAUAAAUGCUGAAGGAUUACCAAGGAAAAGUAAAUAAUGGAAGUUUACUAUUAUAUUGUUUUAAAGAAAAAUUUGCUUUCUUUGAUCUUCCCAGAUUUAAAGACCAUAAGAAGUGCAGCCAUAUGAUUGCAAAUGCGAAGGAUGGAGAUGGGAAAUUCACAGCUCCUCAAGUUUCUUGUAAGCUUAAGCAGCUUGGUUUGCAUAUUCGUCGGAAGAAGAGGCCUUCGGGUGGCAUGAAGGAUGAGGAUCAUAGCGACUCUAUUGCAAACAAAAUGCACGACUCUGGUGAUGAAACGCUGUUUUUCAUUAAUGAAAAGGGGCAAGAAGGAUAAUAGCGAGGAGUUGCUAGAACAGACUACUGGACGAGAAGCGUUGGAAGAUGAUUCUGAUGAUGAAAUCCUAAGCUCUGUUCUCAAGAAAACUAGGCGAUCCCUUUCCAAGUCCAUGGAUCAAAAUUCCGAAGCCAUCUCGAUUCAGGGAACAGAAAGCGGCAGUGUUUUGGAAAAUGGAGUUGACAAAGGUGCUGCUGCCAAACGUGCUAGUCUGAAUGGCACAGAACAAUCUGAAGUCACAGGCACCAGCAGUGGUAAACCAUUAGAUGUUGGACCUGUGAAAAAUUUGGAGGAUUUGCUAUGUCAGGAAAUGUACACCGAUUUGGGAGAUUCGGAGGAUGAAGUAGGUACAUUGCCAGUGAGUGGUGUAAGCAGGAGGAGGUCAAGGACGGUACUUGAUGAUGAAGAUGAUGACUGAGAUUGCAGCACGAUCAGUUUUCACCGUGGUGGAGUAUCCAAGGACGGUUUGGCUUCUGACUCUGCUGGAGUUGUAAUACCAUUAUCCGUUGUAGCAUGAAUGUCAGAGACUUAUGAAUAGUUACGGCAGCCUGAUCAGGUUUCACCGUGCUGAGUACUGAAAUGGUGAAAUCAUCCAUUUUUCUUAAACCUGCAGUAGAAUUUGGAUUAGUGAUAUGUGUGUACAUUGUGUAAGGGACUCCUGUGGACAGGGAAGGUCACCUCCG